AUGAAGCAGAGGUUUUCCAGCUUGGACGUCAAGGUCAUAGCCCAUGAGCUAUCCGCAAAACUCACCUCGUUGCGAGUCACCAACGUCUAUGACCUAAGCUCUAGAAUCUUCCUCAUCAAAUUCCACAAGCCCGACCACCGCGAACAGCUACUUAUCGAUUCUGGCUUUCGCUGCCACUUGACCGAAUAUGCGCGAACUACAGCCGCCGCGCCUUCCAGCUUUGUCGCAAAGCUGCGCAAAUACCUGAAAACAAGGCGGAUCACCUCAAUCAGCCAGAUUGGUACCGACCGCAUUCUCGAGUUCCAAUUCUCCGAUGGCUUAUACAGGCUGUACUUGGAGUUCUACGCUGGCGGCAACAUCGUGCUGACAGAUGCCGACUUGAACGUCUUGUCUCUUUUGCGGAACGUAGACGAAGGCGAGGAACAUGAGAGACUGAGGGUCGGUCUAAAGUACAACUUGACCCUACGGCAGAACUACGGCGGUGCCCCGGAGCUUACAAAGGAGCGCGUGCGCCAAGGGUUGCAGAAGGCGGUUGAUAAACAACAGGAUCAGCCUGCAGCGACAGGGAAGAAGGCGAAAAAAGCAGGCAAGGACUCUUUGAGGAAGGCGCUGGCCGUUUCCAUUACCGAAUGUCCCCCUUUGCUAGUAGACCAUGCGCUGCAUAUCGCAAACUUCGAUUCGACUCUCAAGCCUGAGGAGGUACUCGCUGAUGACAAUCUCCUAGGCAGUCUCGUAGAGAUCCUACAGAAUGCAAGGAACAUCACCGACGAGGUCUCGACGCCAGAUCAGAUCAAGGGCUACAUUCUAGCCAAGCCAAACCCAUCCGCAUCUACGGCCGAUGACGAGGCUUCUGAAAAGUCCAAACUUCUCUACGACGAUUUCCAUCCCUUCCGUCCGCACCAAUUUGAAAACUCCGACUAUACAUUCUUGGAGUUUGAUGGUUUCAACAAGGCGGUAGACGAGUUUUUCUCCUCGAUAGAAGGACAAAAGCUCGAGUCCAAGUUGACAGAACGCGAACAACAGGCCAAGAAGAAGCUAGAGAAGGCGCGCAAGGAGCAUGAAGAUCGAAUCGGUGGAUUGCAGCAAGUGCAGGAUCUCAACUUCCGGAAGGCAGAAGCGAUAUUGGCAAACGUGCAUCGUGUUACCGAAGCUACUGAGGCUGUCAACGGAUUGAUCAGACAAGGCAUGGAUUGGGUCGAUAUUGCGCGCUUGAUUGAGCGUGAACAAAACUCUGGAAAUGCGGUCGCGCAACUCAUCAAGUUACCGCUCAAGUUGCACGAGAACACUGUCACGCUGCUACUCGACGAGACUAACUGGGAGGAGGGUCAAGACGAUGAAGACGAGGGUAACGAGACAAGCUCUGUCAGUGAGGAUACAGAAGACGAGGAUGAUAAGCCUAAGAAAAAGGCUCCUACCCCGGCCGUGUCCACUCGGCCUCAACUGGCUAUCGAUAUCGACCUAGCUCUGAGUGCAUGGGCGAACUCGACCGAAUACUUUGAUCAGAAGAAGACAGCUGCCGACAAAGAAGAUCGCACCCUGCAAGCAUCGACCAGAGCGUUGAAGAGCCAUGAGAAGAAAGUUGCAGAGGACCUGAAGAAGGGUUUGAAACAAGAGAAAGAGGUACUAAGACCAGUGCGCAAGCAGCAGUGGUUCGAGAAAUACAUAUACUUCAUCUCUUCGGAUGGCUACUUGGUCCUCGGAGGAAAGGAUGCUCAGCAGAACGAAAUUAUCUACCGACGCUUCUUACGAAAAGGAGAUGUAUACGUUCAUGCAGAUAUCAAAGGAGCGAUGCCAAUGAUCAUCAAGAACAAGCCAGAUACUCCAGAUGCCCCCAUCCCUCCUUCGACACUAUCGCAAGCCGGCAACCUCUGCAUUUGUACAUCUGACGCAUGGGACUCAAAGGCUGUCAUGUCAGCUUGGUGGGUUCGUAGCGAUCAGGUCAGCAAGACUGGACAGACGGGCGAGUUCCUCCCGGCCGGUAUGUUCAACGUCAAGGGCAAGAAGGAAUUCCUACCACCAGCUCAGCUGGUCGUAGGUCUUGCUGUCAUGUUCGAGAUCAGCGAUUCCAGCAAGGCCAACCACCACAAACAUCGCGUGCAAGAGACAGCAGUUUCUGCCGCGGAGAUGGUCGACGAGCCCGCGAAUGACUCAAAAGCUGCAGACGCGUCCAAGACUGACAACAGUGAUGACGAGGAUGAUUUUCCAGACGCAAAGAUUAACUCAGAUUCGGAAGACGACUUCCCUGAUGCAAAGAUGGAACAGACUGAAGAGAGCGACGCUGAAUCUGAAGCCGCAGCGCCUAGGAGCAAUCCUCUCCAGUCUAGGACUGCAGAUGCGAGAGACGACUCAGACGAGGAAGAUGAGCUAGCCACCACCAAGGAUGGCGACGAGUAUGCCAUGUCUGGCGGCAAAAAUGGUUCUGCUGUGAAUGAAGAACCCCAAGAAGACGCAGGCUCGGUAGCAGAUACCGAACAGAUUGUGAAAUCUACUGGAAAGCGACAACUAUCUGCACGAGAACGUCGCCUAGCAAGGAAAGGUCAACUCCAAGACUUACCCCAAGUUCCGUCUGACGCUGGGCCUACAGCUGACGGUGCUGGUCAAGAAGAGGAUUCUUCAGAUGAAGAGGGCAACGCAAAGAGCCCUCCGAAGGCACCCGGUACCGUAACAACGCAGAGUACGAAACCAAAGAAUGCUCCCUUGCCCCGAGGCAAACGUGCGAAAGCAAAGAAGCAGGCCGCAAAGUACGCUGCACAGGACGAGGAGGACCGUGAGUUAGCAAUGCGUCUCUUGGGUUCCAAGUCUGGGCAGCAGGCUGCGGAGGCUGCCGCUCAAGAAAAGCGUCAGAAAGAAGAGCAGGCGCUGGCUGACAAGCAACGCCGUCGAGACCAACAUUUACGUGCGCAAGCCGCAGGCAAGGCUGCUGAAGAAGCUCGUCUACGCGCCUUGGAGAACGCCGAAGAAGACGACGAGGGCGAUGAAGUCCUCAAGACGAACUUGCAGAACCUCGACGCAUUCACAGGCCGACCAUUACCAAAUGACGAAUUGCUCACCGCCAUUCCCGUAUGUGCUCCCUGGUCUGCUCUUUCCACCUACAAAUACAAAGCCAAGAUCCAGCCUGGCUCCACCAAACGAGGUAAAGCCGUCAAAGAGGUCCUCUCUAUCUGGGAUCAUGCCGGAAAGGACGCAAAGAUAAUCGACAAGAACAGUCAGGACGUCGAGCGUAUCUGGCCCAAGGAGAUUGAGCUGAUCCGAGGGUGGAAAGAGACAGAGGUCGUGGGCGUCGUGCCUGUUAGCAAGGUACGAGUCAUGAUUGCCGGUGGCCGCCGGGGUGCCGAUAUUGCGAAGGGAAAGAAGAAGAGUGCGAGAGGCGGCAGAGGCUCGAAGAAGAAGUAG